AUGAUGCAAAAGAUCCCAAGCAGCCUGGUUGCUGUAUCGCAAGUCCCAUAUCCUGGAAAUUUGAAAGGAACAGAGUUAGUGGGAAAGGAUUCUAUCCAAAAAUUAUGGAAAGCAUUCUCGACUUCACGCCAGGCAAGCAAAGAUGGAAAGGAUUGCAGGCUUGAAAGUCUUUUCUGGCGUAUUCUGGGGACCGAGAAGCUGGUCCAACAGAUUAACGUUCAAGGCUUGGACCAACUGAUCACACGGAUCAUAUCCAACGAACCUUUACAGCCAGUAGGGUUACUGAAGGCUUCUCCACAACCUAUCCCUGCCACUCAGCCUACAUCAGACCCCAUCGAUCAGGUGCCAAAAACCAUCCAUCCCAUUCUCAAAAAGCCAAACACAGUUCCUGUUGAGCCUUACCACAAGUCUGCACGCUUGCUGCUCGAAAAGCCAGACGGAGAAAAGAUAACCUUAGGCCCUUCGAACUCACCACCUCCAGAUAUCGUGACCACUCAGCCCAAGGAGAGCCCCCCAUCAAGACAAGCACCCAAGCGUGCACAAACUGCAGGUCCCCGCACAACCAAGGGGUUCCGUCGCCGCCCAUUAUUCAACCGCCGUAAAUCAUCUCAAUCAUCUUUCCUGAAGACACCGACGCGGGAGAGAAGGGAAAGCAUAGAAAACGUGAAGAAACGAGAAAUCCCAGACGGCCACAUAGAAGCAAUGGACCAAUCCACAUCCAAAAAUAACCCCGAGGAUCUUGUCAUUCUCAACCCUGCAGAUUCCUUCGAUCCCUUCUUUGACGCGGAUGAUGGAAUCAACGAUGGACUUGGCCCAGAGAUCACCCCUCCUCAUCCCCAACCUCCAGCUUCCCUGCCCUCAGGCCGUGCCACCUCCUGGACAGAAAGCGAAAUUGACCCUCUGGCCGUUAAGCUAACCAUCCCAAUCCGAGCCAAGCCCAAAAAUCCCCUGACACCAACUGAGCCGACCUUAGCAACUGCAAGUUCUACCACCCAGGUACCAGGAUCUCCCCCUGUGCACUCCAUGUCUGCGAAGACCGAUCCCGUCAUUUCUCCGGGAAUAGAAACGGUUAGUGCCGGACCCAGCCAGGAUUCCAAGCUCCAAACUGAAACCCAGGAUCCCAGUACAUCUAACCCCAAGGACACGCCACCCACGCCUCAACCCGUAACCCCCCUGGACCAUGAUCUCGCACCGUGGCCUCAUUUGCGACGUGUCCCCAUGCCACAGAAAAUGCUGGACACUCUGGUCGAGAUCUUCAGCAACCCCGUCCCUGUGGAACGCAUCAAACUUCCCGACGCACCGCUGCACCUGGUUUCGAACGCAGGUCCGCCUCGCGUGCCAGCGGGCUACCUUGAGUCCUGGAUGCUCCAGGGCCCAGAUUCGACAGCGCACCCGCAGCCAUCGAAUACGCCGUUAGUGCAGCCCGGUUUCCGGUCUCGAUUCGCGCGGGAGAUGGAGAAAGCGCGCCUUGAAGAGGAAGAGCCGACGCCGGAGUCCGAAUUGCGCUUUGCUGCUAUUCAGAAGGAACUAGAAGGGCAGGAGGAGGCUUCCGCAACAGCUUCUGAACAAGACCAGAAUGCUCCUUUUGCUCAGAGAGAGCCGUUAUUUCUGACUGACGAUAUGCUUUCUCGGUCUGAUCCUUCGCAUACGGAUUCUUUUCUUGAAGCAAUCAUGAACGGGGUCCCUAAGUGA